CUUCCUGACCCCUGGCCCUUCCUCCUCUCCCGCCUCCUUUGCUUGUGGCGCUGCGGCUCGCAGAGGAACUCCAGGCACGGUGAUGGGGUCCCGGGCCUCCUCGUUAUUGCGGGACGAAGAGCUUGAGGAGAUUAAGAAGGAGACUGGCUUUUCCCACAGUCAGAUUACUCGCCUGUACAGCCGGUUCACCAGCCUGGACAAAGGAGAGAACGGGACUCUCAGCCGGGAAGAUUUCCAGAGGAUUCCAGAACUUGCCAUCAACCCCUUGGGAGACAGAAUCAUCAAUGCCUUCUUUUCAGAGGGAGAGGACCAGGUAAACUUCCGUGGAUUCAUGAGAACUCUGGCUCAUUUCCGACCCAUUGAGGAUAAUGAAAAGAGCAAAGAUGUGAAUGGACCAGAACCACUCAACAGCCGAAGCAACAAACUGCACUUUGCUUUCAGACUAUAUGAUUUGGAUAAAGAUGACAAGAUCUCCCGUGAUGAGCUGUUGCAGGUCCUACGCAUGAUGGUUGGAGUAAAUAUCUCAGAUGAGCAGCUGGGCAGCAUCGCAGACAGGACAAUCCAGGAAGCUGAUUAGGAUGGGGACAGUGCCAUAUCUUUCACAGAAUUUGUUAAGGUUUUGGAGAAGGUGGAUGUUGAACAGAAAAUGAGUAUCCGAUUUCUUCACUAAAAGGGCAGAGACACAUUGUCCUUGCUUUCUAGUAUUUAAGAACUGGAACCUAAGCAUCCUCUUCUUCUCCAGCCCCACCCACCUCACCUUAUUAUCUCCUUCCUCCCAGGGUAUGGCUCUUGCAUGACAGCCCCAAAUCUCUUCUGUCCACAUAAACCUACCUUUGGUGUACAAACAGGGUGUUACAGAGUGGUGCCCUCAGUCCAUGUCUGUUCAGGAUCCAUC